AUGGCAAAGACUGCCAAAGUCUUUGGCAAAUUUCAGAUUCGAUUGGUCCUCCACCUCCUGGACAAGGAAGUCAAGGGAAGGGAAGGAACCAAGUAUGAAUCUUUUGAAGAUAUCAAGAACCGGUUUGAGGAUGACUUGUUGCAGGCUGACAAGGAGACUGCAGCUGUCUCUGCACCUGAAGCCAAGGCCGUGUCCUCACAAAGUGUCAAGUCUUUGAUGGAUGCCAAAGAUACACAAGCCAUUGCUUUGGCAGCGCGCAAGCACAUUCAGCUGGGGAAGCUGUAUGUGCACAAGAAAGAGAAGGAGGAAACCAAGGUGUGGAAGCUCACUGGCUUCAUCGAUGGUGGUGCCAAGUUUGUCCACAAGCCCUUCUUCAGAGCAGCUGAAGAGAUCACUGUGUUGCACAGUGAUUGGAAUGAUUGGAAAGAAUACAAGAAACCUGAGCCUGAGCUGGUUUCUCAUGAAGUCAGCGGUGCUUUGCUACCUUGUUCCUCCAAGGGCUUGGAUGAUGAGAUGGCCAGAGCUCAAGCACAGUGGGAACUCUAUGAGAAAUGCAAAGAGCUGGGCGAUCCAAGUGUUCUGGUCUCCAACCAGGGCCAAGUGUUUGCAAGUCAAAAGGUUGCCAAAGGAAAGCUAUGUUUGCUUCCAAUGGGCAGCUUGCAAUUGGUGGAGGAGAGUAAGCUCAUGAAGGGCCAAGUCUACAUAAAGUGUGGCAACUUGGGCAGCCAUGAUGUCUAUGUGAUUCAUGCCUUCAAGUGCGACUUUACCAAGGAGACUGGGAUCUUCAGCCCUUUCUGGUUUGUGAAGCAAGCUACAAAUGAUGGGGAGGGCACUAUGGCAAAGCAGAUGGUGAAGCAUGGGAGUUUGCAGAUUCCAUGUUAUGUGAACAAGAAGCAGGUGGAGAAGGGCACUCGGUUGUUUCUGGAUCCUCCAGAGCCUGACACCACUGCCUCCAAGAAAAGGAAGGUAGUGAAGUAG